CGACGGGCGGCGCGGGCUGCGCCGAGGUGCCGGUGAUGUGAGCGCGCGCAGGCGGCAUGCCGGGCGGCCGCCGGGGGCUCGUCGCCCCGCAGAACACCUUCCUCGAGAACAUCAUCCGCCGCUCCUCGUCGCAGCCAGACAGCAGCUUCCUGCUGGCCAACGCGCAGAUCGUGGACUACCCCAUCGUGUACUGCAACGAGACCUUCUGCAAGAUGAGCGGCUACAACCGCGCGGAGGUCAUGCAGAAGUCUUGCAGGUGCACGUGGAUGUACGGCGAGCUGACGGAGAAGGAGGCGGUGGAGCGCGUGGACCGCGCGCUCGACCACCACCUGGCCGACCAGUUCGAGAUACUGCUCUACAAGAAGAACCGUAUAGAAGGUAUUGGCUGUUGCACGCCGCUGUGGCUGCUGGUGCAGGUGGCGCCCAUCCGCAACGAGCGCGAGCUGGUGGUGCUGUUCCUGCUCACCUUCCGCGACAUCACGGCGCUCAAGCAGCCCAUCGACGCCGACGACCCCAAGGGAGGGCUGUCGAAGUUCGCGAAGCUGGCGCGCAGCGUGACGCGCUCGCGCUCCGUGCUGGUGUCGGCGCUGCCGGCGCUCAAGGAGCCGCAGCGCCAGAGCCACCUCGCGCAUGUCAGUACUGCCCCGCCGCAUGUGAUGUCGCUGUCGGGCGACGUGCUGCCGCAGUACCGCCAGGAGGCGCCCAAGACGCCGCCGCACAUCCUGCUGCACUACUGCGCCUUCAAGGCCAUCUGGGACUGGAUCAUCCUGUGCCUGACCUUCUACACGGCCAUCAUGGUGCCCUACAACGUGGCCUUCAAGAACAAGACGAGCGAGGACGUGUCGCUGCUCGUCAUCGACUCCAUCGUGGACGUGGUGUUCUUCAUCGACAUCGUGCUGAACUUCCACACGACGUUCGUGGGCCCGGGCGGCGAGGUGGUGAGCGACCCCAAGGUCAUCCGCAAGAACUACUUCAAGUCGUGGUUCCUCAUCGACCUGCUCUCGUGCCUGCCCUACGACGUCUUCAACGCCUUCGACCACGACGAGGACGGCAUCGGCAGCCUGUUCAGCGCGCUGAAGGUGGUGCGGCUGCUGCGCCUGGGCCGCGUGGUGCGCAAGCUGGACCGCUACCUGGAGUACGGCGCCGCCAUGCUCAUCCUGCUGCUGUGCUUCUACAUGCUGGUGGCGCACUGGCUGGCCUGCGUGUGGUACUCCAUCGGCCGCUCCGACGCCGACUCGGGCCUGCAGUACUCGUGGCUGUGGAAGCUGGCCAACGUCACGCAGACGCCGUACUCGUACGUGUGGUCCAACGAGUCCGACGGGCCCGAGCUCGUCAACGGGCCCUCGCGCAAGACCAUGUACGUGACCGCGCUCUACUUCACCAUGACCUGCAUGACCUCCGUGGGCUUCGGCAACGUCGCCGCCGAGACCGAUAACGAGAAGAUCUUCACCAUCUGCAUGAUGAUCGUAGCAGCGCUUCUGUACGCGACAAUAUUCGGGCACGUGACCACGAUCAUCCAGCAGAUGACGUCGGCCACGGCCAAGUACCACGACAUGCUCAACAACGUGCGCGAGUUCAUGAAGCUGCACGAGGUGCCCAAGGCGCUGAGCGAGCGCGUCAUGGACUACGUCGUCUCCACCUGGGCCAUGACCAAGGGGCUCGACACUGACAAGGUGCUGAACUACUGCCCCAAGGACAUGAAGGCGGACAUCUGCGUGCACCUGAACCGCAAGGUGUUCAACGAGCACCCGGCCUUCCGCCUGGCGUCCGACGGCUGCCUGCGCGCGCUGGCCAUGCACUUCCACAUGUCGCACUCGGCGCCCGGCGACCUGCUGUACCACACGGGCGAGUCCAUCGACUCGCUGUGCUUCAUCGUCACCGGCAGCCUCGAGGUCAUCCAGGACGACGAGGUGGUGGCCAUCCUGGGCAAGGGUGACGUGUUCGGCGACUCGUUCUGGAAGGACAGCGCCGUGGGGCAGUCGGCGGCCAACGUGCGCGCGCUGACGUACUGCGACCUGCACACCAUCAAGCGCGACCGCCUGCUGGAGGUGCUGGACUUCUACCAGGCCUUCGCCAACUCCUUCGCGCGCAACCUCACGCUCACCUACAACCUGCGCCACCGGCUCAUCUUCCGCAAGGUACGCCACCCGAGAUCAUUUUGUGCGUCGUCAUCUAUCUUUUAUGAAGUCCUCUACUCUAGGCGCGCUCUAUUUUGAAAAAAUCUUAAAAAAAACGUGGUCAGUAUCAUUCAUUCAAGAAGUUUUAAGCAUUUUUUUUAUUUCGGGGGUACAUAAUUGGAAUAA